UCAAGGUCCAGUGCCGCGCUUUUUAUCCUAACCAUGUGGUUCGCCGUGUCGUGCUACCCUUCGAACGGGAUGCCGCCGAGCGUGGAGGUCCUACACGUAUCACCGCGACUUCCAGUGCCUCCUUAUUUUUGGGACAGACAAUGCUGCUUCCCAGCGUGCGGAUGCAGUGGACAGCACUACAUACUGGGCACUCAACAAAUUACUACGUAUCGCGCAGAGAAGUACGUGUCGGUAGGAGGAACUUCACCCGCGAGACGUGUGCCGGCCUCUACAUUGGAGCGCAGCAGCUCCACUGCACGGUGGAAGUUCUGGAAGAAGAGUCCUGGCAACGGCACGAACCCGGCCACAGAUGUGGGUAGCCGUCUGGGAUGUGCUCUGGCAUCCCAGCUGCAGCUCGCGGGGCGGCCAGGUAUCUCUAGCCUACGAGUACCUCGAUCCAGUAAUGGGCACGGAGGCUUGUGGGACAAGUCCACGUCCCUGCCAAGCAUCGCUUUCCAACGGCUGUCAGUGGUGCCAUCGAAGCACCCACCAGUGCGGCAGUACCCGGCUACUCCAAGCAUCAUGCCUUCGACCACCAGCAUCUCGCCCUGCACCUUCGGGGCUUCAUUGCCGACACUGAACAGCAGUGGCAACUUGACGUACAACAACUCGAACAACAGCAGCUCCUCAGAUGUUUCAAAAGCGGCUCUAGACAACGACAGCCGAAAACCGUCAUCGUCGUCGGGUUCUACGGCAACAUCGUCGGCGACCUCUUCGGCUGACUCAGCUAAAACGUGUACACGGUUGGACCCGUACGGGAGACUUUUGCCGUUGUCUCCAACAGAUGUGCUAAAGUUCUACGGUUCACGGUUGAACGCCUACGAGCGGGCAGAGGCACUGCAGUACAAGGAGGUUUGGUACUUGGGCCUGGAAGCCAGCAAGAUUGAUGGCGAAGAAGGGGCCAAUCAGAACGGAGGCUACGACGACGAAAAUGGGUCCUACAUUAAGGUGUUGCACGACCACAUUGCCUAUCGUUAUGAAAUACUCGAAGUAAUCGGAAAAGGUUCGUUUGGACAAGUUAUUCGAGCGAUAGAUCACAAGACAAAUCAACAGGUUGCCCUCAAGAUUAUCCGAAACAAGAAAAGGUUUCAUCAGCAGGCUCUGAUUGAAGUGAAGAUUUUGGACCACUUGACGAAAAGGGACAAGGACCAAUACCACAACGCUAUUCAUAUGCUCGAUUACUUUUACUUUAGGAAUCACCUUUGCAUUACGUUUGAGCUUAUGGGCAUGAACUUAUAUGAGCUUAUAAAGAAGAACAAUUAUCAAGGAUUCAGCCUUAACUUAAUACGGAGGUUCACAUACUCUUUGGUGCAGUGUCUAAGGCUACUCUACAAAGAGAGGAUAAUACACUGCGAUCUGAAACCGGAAAAUAUUCUAUUGAAGCAGCGAGGAAGCAGCUCCAUCAAGGUGAUCGAUUUCGGCAGUUCCUGCUUCAUACAUCAGAGGGUGUACACGUAUAUCCAGUCGAGAUUCUACCGUUCACCGGAGGUGAUUCUGGGCCUGCCGUAUGGCACGGCGAUUGACGUGUGGAGCCUGGGAUGCAUACUGGCAGAAUUGUAUACAGGAUUCCCCUUGUUUCCUGGAGAGAACGAAGCGGACCAACUAGCUUGCAUCAUGGAGGUGCUGGGGCCGCCACCGACUGCUGUACUGGAACAUGCCUCGCGGCGACGGCUAUUUUUCGAUUCCAAAAAUAAUCCCAGGACCAUCACAAACAGCAAAGGAAAGAAACGGAAGCCAAACUCCAAGACCCUGGCAGCUGCUCUGAGUUGUAACGACGAGGAUUUCGUAGACUUUCUCUCGCGUUGCUUAGAGUGGAACCCAGAAACUCGUAUCACUCCUGAUGAUGCUCUGCGGCACGCGUGGCUGUCCGGACCUAAGACAUACAAGAGGGACUGCAAAAGCGUCCAGGCCAUCACGGUCAAGGAGCUGGAAGCUGGCAGCCUCCCUAACUCAGCAUCAUGCAAAGCGUACAAGUGCACGAAGCCAUCGGAUCACAAAUCCAAGGAACGAAAAUCAACGUCUUCGAGUUGCGAGACAAGCACUUCGUCGGAAGACUCACCUUCUUUCCGCAACGGAGCCAGAGCGAGCAGCAGCAGCAAUCACAAAUCAACGGAGGACCCGCUGGGCGACUCAGGGACGUUCCUUCCACCGAUCCUGUGACAGUGGCUUUCCCGCAAUAGAGCAGUCCCACAAUGAACUGUGUACUCCGCGUCAGAAAGCCGCGUGUUCAAAUCAGUCUGUCGCUUUUAUCCAUGUCGCUCGCUGACCCAUCCAAAGCGUUGUGCGCCAUGCUCGUUGAAAUUUACGUUGCGGCUGUGGAGCCGCCUUCUUCGUUCGACAGAAGGUGUCGAACUGGAGGGAAAGCUAGAGUUUCUUGGCUGCGCGAGUCGGAAAGCGACGUGUAAAUUGACCGAACGAACAAAUCGGCUGUAAGGUGUACCGCGGUGUGGUACGUGUAAAUAGGAGGUGCAGACCAAAGAAGAAAAUGUAGAGCCUACGUUCCUGUUGCUAUUUGACGUUUCUUUUUCUUUCUUUUUUUCUUCUUUUUUCUCUUUUUUUUGCGAUUGACGGCCAAAUUAUCGUUCAUAUGGUGUACGAUGAGAACAUUUUGGAUGUAGGUGAACGGGAAAUUACUAUAGACGAUGUGCACAAAUUUUUCAGAUGUCUUCAGGCACGUGUGUCAAAUUAUAGCUCGAAAGUGUGAAAUUUUAUUCCGUUUACGUCGUCGCCGUCGGGGAACGAAUGUCUCCCAAAUAACUGUAUUCACAGCAUUCGAGUGACGUUUAUGUGCGGCGUGGUUAUUACGUCAGCCCGAAUACGAAAUCGGCACAACUGUUGUCGACAAGGCGGCUCGAACAAUGAAAAAUACGCGUGUAUUUGUUUUUCUUACAUUGUGAUAUCUGAUAUCUCGCAUAGAUAUUGAUGCGCAACCGGUGACGUACAAAUUUCGUAGAGAUAAUUAUAUCCUGAGAAGUAAUUAUGCAUAUAGAGCAAGCGUGUGACGUUUUUAUCUUGCAAUAUUUUUGUAGAGAAGAGCUCCAUGACGCAAGCUACGGGCAUCGAAGGCAGCCGAAGUUGGCACAUGCAUUUUGGUGUCGUUUCCAAGUGACUAAGUGUGAUCCACGUUGCUGUGUAUGUUGCGCGGACAGCACGUCGCUUACACGGUUAGUACAUGAUAACAUUCCAGAUGAAUGCAUACCAAUGUUGUGUGCCACAAUGCGGUCAGACACCGUGCAUGUAAUGUUCAUUAAGAAAGAACAACGUAGAACGUGAGAAAAAUUACCGUCAAAGUGUGCGUGCUGUUCUGUGAAACGAAAAAAUAAACUGCCUCGUAUAAAAAAUGAUUGUCCGCCAUUCAUGUUUCGCGACUGUGUAUAAAAGUACGUUUGUCCUCUACUCCACAGUGAUAAUGAGUUAUGGCAGAAAAAUUAUGCAAGCAUCUGUAGGGUGAACAAAGGACGAAACGAAUCGUAAGAUUAGGAAGCGUAAUACAGGCAGCUGUACCCUGCCUGGGUCCUGGAAUGUUGAACUUGCGGACAAAUCUUUGUCUCGUAUAAAUUUACUAUUCCAAAUGCGCUUCCAAUAGCACGUCAUAAAUGUCCUCGUGCGAUUGAAAGGAGCAUGGAAGGGCACGUUAAAAGUAUCACAGAAGUAGUUUCGCUUACACGGGGUGGGAUACACACCGUAUACUCACACGAGCGACAUCCUAAGGAAGGUUCUAGUGGAAGAAAAAGCAAAAACACAGCCCACGGAGCCGAACUUCUGUCCCGUGUUAUGGUGAGCAUUCACUCGGUGCGUCGGAGCGAUGUCGGCAGUGGCGCAUUUAGCAGACGACACUUAGCAGAAGACACCGCCAGCGUGGUUCCCUGUCGUCUGCUACGGAUUAUUUUGUGAGUGUCGCAGGAUAUUCCCCACGUUUCGGUUUGCCGUGUAAGUGAAGACACGACGUUGAGCGCUCGCACUCAUGUGACAGCAGAAAGCUGUGACGUUUUUCGCAUCUUCCACUGUAGUAUUCUGAGGAAUAUCGCACGUGUGAGUACGCACGAAUAUUCGCACAAAAAGUACGAGCUCAACGCGCUAUCCUAGGACGCAAAAGAGCUUCCAACCUCACGGGUCAGAAAAUCUCCUCUCUCAGCGUGCCGGCCUGCGACGUCAUCUGAUGCGACCAAUAGUGAGGUGCACGCUUUCCUGUCUUAUUUGGCGCCGCCAAGGUCGACUUGUCGCGUUGCUCUCUCAUUGCAGCAGACGCUUUCUCGCCAACCAAUAAAGGUGUUCGCAUCAGUUGACGUCACGCACGCAAGCACGGAGCGGCCCCAAAGGAAAUAUUUUGCGUGAGAGUUCCCGUUUGCAUCACGAGGUGCUGUCCAUGCUCCUUUAACAAUCUGUGCUGUUUGGUCCUUAAUACACCACCGAAUGUACACGCCCCAUUAAUUGAUCGCACGCAUGCCCCACAUAUUUUCCUGGAAAGAAAUGUCGGCACAGUUAUUCAAUGUUGUCUGCACAUUCGUGCCUCUCUAGAUUGUUAUUUAUUGAUGCUCUUAGGUGCAUAUAUACUUGCAUAGUGCGUCUGUGCUGUGACUUUUAUGCAUAGAUGCCUAUACUGUUUUUGAGGAUGUAACGGUAAAAAAACAAAAGUGUGUCAAUACGCAUCUAUUAAUUAAGAGAGUGAAAUCGACUUAGUGAGAAAAUGCUGCAGUAUAUGUUACAUUAGAGUUUUGCGAGCACAUAGCAAUGCACAUUUAGCGAAUCUCACAACCCUGAAUCUCAUUUCUGCUAGUCUUAUGUGCACAAACGCCUCGUGUAUAACGGUCAAGACGUCGCAGAAAAUACUCAAUGACAUCGUGAUUGUCCACCAUAAUUACGAAUGCUUUUGAGCUCUUUAAUUAGAAUGUGGUGUUGUAGCCGAAUGCUGUAGAUGCGUGACUAUUUUCUUAACGAGUAAGUGUGACGUAGUGCCGGUGUUGUUCUACCCUUUCUUGGUUGGUAGCCUUGACUAUGUUAUGAAUUUCUGAAGCCUGUCGUGAACCUUCGAAUUACUACUAUGGUUUUGCAAACUAUCGACUUAAGAGGUGUCCCGUCUCCCCAACAAGAAAAAAAAAAAAAAAAAGAGAGAGAGCCUUAAAAGAGAAAUGAGGUGACAUUUAGCAUAGCUCAAAAUCCUGCCUCGUCUGUCAAGCUGUCCACCAGGAGUCACUGUGCAAAAUAUCUUCGCUCUGCGGUGCGUUAUAACUGCGCAAUAUAGAAUUUACAAAAAAAACGGUCGGAAAAAGCAGUCGCGGACGGCCGACACGAUGCUCUCGUAUCAUGGCGAAGGCGUCCGCGUCUUGCUUCUUUGUUUUUCAUCGCAGCUCACGUGCCGCUGUACGUCACCGGUCACGUGAGGGGAGUAGCAUACGUCACGACGUCCUCUCGUUCUGCGAUGCGCUCUCUUCACGAGGAGAAGAAUUUUUCAAAGGUGCGCGGAACAAGACCCUCGCGCUCGCUCUGUGGGUCACCUACGCUUGUCGUUCUUUUGCAGGAACUCUUUUCUUCUUUCUUUUUUUUUUUUUUCAAUGGAGAACACUCUGCACCGAAAAACGAAAAUAAUAAUAAAUAAAUUGGGGGAUACCUCAGUGCUCCUUUAACUUUCAACUUCAAUGAUUAUGAAGGGGUUCCUUUCGUUUUUGUCUUUUUAAUGGCUUAAUGUUCGUGAGAAUCAAGUUUGACUGCCAAUUCUCGAGUCCGCUUCACGCACGCGGUUUACAGCGGAUUGGCACGCCGACAUGCGCGCGAAAUGGCGUCACGUGUGACAUAUGUCAGUCAGCUACGUGUCACCAUCUCGUGCCGCGGUCGAAACUGGCUGAAAACAAACGCACGUAGUAGCAGCUCGCGAAAUCGCGACGUAACUUCAUUACAGAAACCAACGCAAAAUGGCGGGUUUAGUUUCAGCACCUUACGUGCUAAUCUACCCUAAUUAUCUUGUUUUCAACCAGAGAGAGGGCGAGAAGCACCAGCGGAGCGGCGCGCAUGCGCCGUGCGGUCGCGUGAAUGUGGCGUCGGUUGUGGGUACGACUAUAGGUGAGACGCUUUGCAAGAUCGGUUCACAAUCCCCCUUGGUACUACCACGAACAAAUGACCUGCUGUAGGGGAAAAACAGUACUGAACAGCUCCAGUGCUGCACUUUCUUGUAGUGCAUUGUAGUAUUUCAACCGAUACCACGGGCCGCGCGAAGUGGCUAAGUAGUUGGUCUUUCGUGCUGUAAAUGACAUUGGAAAGCUUGCCGUGGGCAGCCUUUGUAGUACUAUACGUACAGUAACAUUACAGUGGACGUUGUGUACCCGUUCCCUGCACACUUGUCAUUUGUUGAGAGCUUGUUAUGACUUCGUUGCAGUGAGUGUAUGAUACACGCAUCUAUAUAUACGUAUACAUAAAUAUCAGCGCACCUUCGAAUCGAGAGCCUGUUAUAUUUUCUUCCAGUGGAUGAUGAUUACUGUUCCGUUUGUGUUUCGUGCGAGAAUGAUGUUCCAGUGCCUUUAAGUGGUUGUCAUUAAUAGAUAUACAUCGUGAAGUGUGGAUGAAAACAAAAUUAAAAGAUGACUCAAUGGUU